CACUUAUUUGCCUCCCAAGAAAAAAAAAAAGUCCCAAAAUUCUCCUAUCACCUUUUUCCUAUAAUUUGCUACUCUUGUUUGAUGAAAAAAACAGUCCAAAAGAAGCUAAAAAGAUCUAAAACUAAAAGCCUAUUCUAUGCAAAGAUCAAAAAAUUCUUAAAGAACUAUUCUUUAUUGCUUGUUCUUGAAGAUUUGUAGUACCUCCAUACUGCUUAACAAACAAGCUGUGUUUUUAUAGACAAAGACUGUAACUUUUUUACAAGAAAAGUUUAUUGAAAGAAUGUAUGGUGAUUCCCAACUCUUAGUUUUCUUCUGAUUCUUGUUUUUAUACAACAAGAAAAAAAACCCCCAAAUUUAAGAAGGGGUCUUUUUUUUUUUAAUGGAUUCAUCAGAGUUUGAGAAAAACCAGAACAAUUCUGGGUUAUUAAGGUUUCGUUCAGCCCCAAGUUCAUUUCUUGAAAAUUUCAUUGAUGGAGUUGGGAAUAAAGGAGAUAUGGGUACUGAGAAUAAAGGGUUGUCAUCAAAAUUCAAUCUUGAUGGUUUAAAUAACCAGUUGGUUUCUCAGAAUUCUCUUGAUAGUAAAGUUUUUGCAAAUUUGAGUAGUAAUUCACAGUUGCCACCUCAAUAUCCAAGGCAAAAUUCUACUGCUCAUAUGGUGGGGUCAAUGGAAGGGGGUGGUGGGUACAGGGUGAUGGGGUCAUUAUUGGGAAGUAGUAAUAAUCAUCAUCAGGGGCAAAACAAAUUGGCAUCAAAUCUUAUGAGGCAAAACAGUUCUCCAGCUGGUUUAUUCUCUCAACUCAAUUCUCUAAAUGGCUAUGCCACGUUGAAAGGCGGUGCUGGAGGUUAUAGAAUGGCAAAUGGUGCUAAUGGAAAUUCAACUCCAUCUUCAAGCAGGUUGAAAGGUCAUUUUGGCUUCUCAUCAGUGACACCUCCUUCAUUAGGAAUGUUGUCUCGAAUCUCAGAGGUCGAUAAUGAGAGCAGCAUAGCAACUUCCCUCGAUGAUGAUGAGAAGCGUGGAAAUGGCAACUCAGAACCUCAACUUUACAAUAUGGGAUUUCCUUUUAAUUCUUGGAGUGAUCCUUCACAGUUUCAGCAGACACUCACAGGCCACAAAAGGGAGUUGGAUAGUGAGGGGAAUAAGCUAUUUGCUAAUGCUCAGAUUGAAGAACUUGGAAAUCGGCCUCCAAUUUUGUCACACCACCUAAGUUUACCAAAGACACCAGCUGAUAUAGCAGCUAUGGAGAAGUUAUUGCAUUUUCAAGAUACUAUUCCUUGUAAGAUCCGUGCCAAACGUGGCUGUGCUACUCAUCCUAGGAGCAUUGCAGAAAGGGUGAGAAGAACACGUAUCAGUGAACGAAUGAGAAAGCUACAAGAGCUUGUUCCCAACAUGGACAAGCAAACAAACACCGCGGACAUGCUAGACUUGGCUGUCGAGUACAUUAAAGGCCUCCAAAAGCAAUACAAGGUACUCACUGACUGUCGCGCUAACUGCAAAUGCUCAGCAAUGCAGAAACCAGAUUGAAACCAAAGAGUACAAUGGAGAAGAGUAUACUUGAAUGAAGUUCAUUUUCAUAAGUGUAGAGGCUAGAAACUUUAAGAAAAAGUUAUGAGGAAUAACUACAAAGAAGAAGAAAAAAACAGAUCUUUGGCUGUUCUUUUGGUAGAUUCUUUAGACUAACAAUGUUUCAAAGUUCAAAACAAAACAUAAUUAGUUAGAAAAGUGUACAUUAGUUGAAUAAGAUUAUGCAUUCACUUUUCUCUCAAGUUAUAUAUAUAUAUAUACUUGUAGCGUAAAGAAUUUUUACACUAUCAAUGUAAUUUAGCCGAUUAUAUCAGGUAAUUUUGUAAGGAGUU